AUGAAGUUCUAUCUAACUGGCUUUGGCAAGUUCAAUGGCGUAGAGGAUAAUCCAACUACACAUUUAAUGAACAAUAUCGUUCAACAUUAUAAACAAACAACAACAACAACAUCAUCAUCAUCAUUGCCAAUUACAAUCGAUGUUGAUACUGUUAGGUCUGCCCAACAACAACAACAACAACAACAACAGUGCAGCGUAGUAGUUGAUAUAGUUGGAGUCGACAUACUUGAAGUGUCUGCUGUGUCUGCAAAGCAGAAGAUCGAUCAACUGGCACAGCAGUACCCAAACGACCACAUCACUUUGAUACACUUUGGCGUAGACAGCAAUGCUCAAGCAUUCCGUCUUGAACGUUGUGGAUGGAAUGAGGCCAACUUUAGAGUUCCUGAUGAACGUGGAUGGCAACCAGCCAAUGAAUCAAUCGAUGCCAAUGAUACAAACAGUCAUAAUGUAACAUCGAUACCCAUAACCAAUGUUGUCAGCAACUUGUCACCAAAGCAUUUGGUACAGCCAUCAGACGAUCCAGGUAGAUUCAUCUGUAAUUAUAUCUACUACCAUUCACUGACACUAUCGAAACAGAGUCAAGGUCGUGUUCACUCAUUGUUUGUCCACGUUCCACCAUUCCAUGUCAUAUCAAUGGACAAGCAGUUGGAGUUUGUCGUUGACCUCCUUCAGAACUUAUCCACAACCUUGUGUAAAUCAAUCAAUCAAUAA